AAUAGAUCUACGGCAUGCUCUGUACUCGACAGAUCUGUUGACUUCGCUGCCAAGGUUGUGACAUGGGACAACACUAAAAGGAACACAGGAGACUUGUGGCUAAAAUUAACCGCAGAAGGUGCCUGCGUAUGCUGCCUGUUUUCAAAAGGGUUUUGAAAGUGGUGAAAUUGCUUUCAGGAUAAACAAAGUAAAAAGUGUCAGAAUUUAUAAAGCAACGCUUGCCUUCAAUAGUCAUCCAAGCACUGAGUUAACAUGGGGUCUGGACAAUCUCAGAGAAGCUGCUAUUGCGAAUAAGUCUUGAAGUGGAUUUCUUUAAUCAGGUAAAGUAAGUGUCAGUUUGCUAUUGCAUGUCCUGUGAGUCCAAUGGCUGUGUCCACCUAUUAGUAAGAACCGUGAGUCAUCCUGCUUAUUAUCUCUUUAUAUUUAUUGAAGAACAACAUAUUUAACAUUUAAAAAGUUUUUGUUCAAAAGUUUAUUUGCUAAAUAAUUAUUGGUGUGUGGAUUUACAGUUAAGUUGAAAUAUAAAUAUAAAAACAAAAAAUAGUUUUAUGGGUGUAAUUGUUACCUGUGUGGGCUAUAAAUCCCUAAACUUUGUUUGAAAACUCCUUAAAAAAUAAAUAAUUUCUCAACAUUCUCAUGAAUUUUAUAAAAGAACAAAUUCAGAGAUUAGCAAAUAUAAGGAUAAAAUGAGUGGAAUAUGAUCAAUGAUCAAGGAGCUCAGCAUUUUAAAGCACGGUUUACUGUAACCUGAUCAUUUUUUGGUCACUGGCCAUUUUUCAGAAUGUACGCUUUCUUCAGGCAGACAGAAGGCAGAACAGAUGUGAUGUGUCACAAUUUUCUUGUGACUAUGUGAACGCGUCAGUGGAUGCAGUGCACACAAUUUUCACAUUCAGAGAAAGUUCUAAAUCAAUAACGUGUCAAACACAUCAUCAUAUAAGACUAUCCAUAGCAUGCCUGAAGGGGAUUAUCCUGAGAUGGAAAAUUCUAGCCAAAAUAACUCAACUGGAGCAAUUAUCAAACUCAUUAUGCCAUCUUGAUAAUGUUGACCUAUAAUUUGCAAUUUACAAGUCGUUUCCCACGUCAACAACUCUUGGUUUAGUGAAGCACUCUUUAAAUUUGUUAUUUAUAACCCUUGACACGCUAAGCAGCGAUUACAAUUUUGUUAGUAUAUAAUUUAGUAUUGUGUUGUAUUUAUGCAGUUAAAGAUCAAAUUAUGUCUUGACAAAAAAUGUCCUGUAAGCAUUUUCAUACAACGGAUCCUGUUGUGUCAUAUCACUGAGGGAAACUUGGCGUAGCCAUCUCCUGUGUGCUGUAUAUUGUAAUUGUAAAAGUGAUAACUGUAAAUAUCUUACAGAAUUAUUUACUUAAGUGAGAAUUCAUGUUUGAAAUCAAAGUAAAUUUACAAUUUAAGGUCAGAGUAGCCAAUCUUAAAGCAUAGCUUCCAGCAGGGCUGCCAACAGAAAUUUUGGGGCCGAUGACACAGCGCCAGUUCUGGGUCCGUGGGGUCCACCCUCAAGUUUGCCCACAUAUAUUAAGUCUGCCCACGUAUAUUAAAUGCAGAGUGUGUGUUUGUGUACUUGGAUGUAGUGUGUGUAUAGUGAAUGCAGAAUGUGUGUUUGUGUAGUGGAUGUAGUGUGUGUAUAGUGAAUGCAGAAUGUGUGUUUGGGUAGUGGAUGUAGUGUGUGUAUAGUGAAUGCAGAAUGUGUGUUUGUGUAGUGGAUGUAGUGUUUGUGUGUAUUAGACGCAGUGUGUAUAGUGCAUGCAGCUUGUGUGUUUGUGUACUUGGAUGUAGUGUGUGUAUAGUGAAUGCAGAAUGUGUGUUUGUGUAGUGGAUGUAGUGUUUGUGUGUAUUAGACGCAGUGUGUAUAGUGCAUGCAGCUUGUGUGUUUGUGUAGUGGAUGUAGUGUGUGUAUAGUGAAUGCAGAAUGUGUGUUUGUGUAGUGGAUGUAGUGUUUGUGUGUAUUAGACGCAGUGUGUAUAGCGCAUGCAGCUUGUGUGUUUGUGUAGUGGAUGUAGUGUGUGUAUAGUGAAUGCAGAGUGUGUGUUUGUGUAGUGGAUGUAGUGUGUGUAUAGUGAAUGCAGAAUGUGUGUUUGUGUAGUGGAUGUAGUGUUUGUGUGUAUUAGACGCAGUGUGUAUAGUGCAUGCAGCUUGUGUGUUUGUGUAGUGGAUGUAGUGUGUGUAUAGUGAAUGCAGAAUGUGUGUUUGUGUAGUGGAUGUAGUGUUUGUGUGUAUUAGACGCAGUGUGUAUAGCGCAUGCAGCUUGUGUGUUUGUGUAGUGGAUGUAGUGUGUGUAUAGUGAAUGCAGAGUGUGUGUUUGUGUAGUGGAUGUAGUGUGUGUAUAGUGAAUGCAGAAUGUGUGUUUGUGUAGUGGAUGUAGUGUUUGUGUGUAUUAGACGCAGUGUGUAUAGUGCAUGCAGCUUGUGUGUUUGUGUAGUGGAUGUAGUGUGUGUAUAGUGAAUGCAGAAUGUGUGUUUGUGUAGUGGAUGUAGUGUUUGUGUGUAUUAGAUGCAGUGUGUAUAGUGCAUGCAGAGUGUGUGUUUGUGUAGUGGAUGCAGUGUUAGUGUGUAUUAGAUGCAGUGUAUGUAGUGCAUGCAGCGUGUGUGUUUGUGGAGUGGAUGUAGUGUGUGUAUAGUGAAUGCAGAAUGUGUGUUUGUGUAGUGGAUGUAAUGUUAGUGUGUAUUAGAUGCAGUGUGUAUAGUGAAUGCAGAGUGUGUUUGUGUAGUGAAUGUAGUGUUAGUGUGUGUUAGAUGCAGGGUAUGUAGUGCAUGCAGCGUGUGUGUUUGUGUAGUGGAUAUAGUGUGUGUAUAGUGAAUGCAGAAUGUGUGUUUGUGUGUAUUAGAUGCAGUGUGUAUGGUGAAUGCAGAGUGUGUUUGUGUAGUUGAUGUAGUGUUAGUGUGUAUUAGAUGCAGUGUGUGUAGUGCAUGCAGCAUGUGUGUUUGUAUAGUAGAUGUAGUGUUUGUAUAUAAUGAAUGCAGAGUGUUUGUAGGCAUGUAGUGUGUGUAAAAUAGGUGGUAUGUGGUGAGCAUUUUCAUUUUUUUAAACAUUUCUUUAAAACAACAUUUUAUUUUAUUCCCCCUCUCUGCUUCUUACCUGGGAGGGAGGAGAUCACAUUCCCUGGUGGUCUGGUGGCAUGGUGCUCAAAGCCAGGAGCUGUUUACUGCAGGUGGGCCCAGCACACUGCAGAGGGGGCCCAGCACACUCGGUCUUCAGUUCCCAGCAGCUCCUAUGCCUCUAACUCUCGCGAGACUGGCCUGCGUGCCGCGCAAGGCGUUACCAUGGUAAACUGUGGCAACACUCUGCUGGCCACGGCUUGCGAGAGUUAGAGAUAGAGGAGCUGCUGGGAACUGAAGACCGAGUGUGCUGGGCCCCCUCUGCAGUAAACAGGGAGCGGGGGGCCCGCAGCUGCACAUGUAUAUGUAGUAAAAAUCGCUGUAUAUAUAUAUAUAUGCACCUAGGGAAUGUGGGGCGUGGGGCCCAGAACUCCCAGAGCAGUCCGGGCCUCCCAGGACCGCCGAGCCCAUGACAAUAUGCCCAUAACAAUAGGAUGGUUAUUUGUGGACAGGGCAGUUCUAAGCUUAGUUGCUCAAUCCUUUAUUGGGUGCCAUCUUGGACAUGGAAGAGGCAAUUUUUAGUUAAGUAUACCUUCUUAAGAUCUACAUCUUAUUUUCUGUAUUAAUAUACUUACCAUGCAUAUGACAGAUCCUUUUUUACUUACAUCAAAGCAUUAUGGGGAGUCUAUAAAGAUAUGAAUCUAUAAAAUGGCAAAUAAUGAUGAGAGGAAGAGUCUAGUAAACUCAUUUGAGAAUUUCCAAGACUUUGGGAUUCAGAUUAACUUUGAAUGAUUGGGUCUAGGCCAGUUGACCUCUCUAGGUGAAAGGGUCCUAUACUCUAUGUGAAGGCAAGAACACCUAACCCAACCAAUGUCCUGUUAAGACUUAUAGAAGAGCUACAUGACUUUUAAAAAGCUGGUGUUUUAGUACUACAAGCAUGUAAGACAACUUCUAAAACAUAUGUUCCCCCCGAAAACGUAGCAAAGCACAGUAACUACUGCUGCUUAUAUUUUGUUUCUGAAAUUAAAUCAGUGGCACAUAAUCAGCAAUAAUUAUGUAAAACCCUGUUCUCAGGUCUUUUUACUUUACCGAGGAGGACAAUUAAGUCUUUUAUGUGUUUGAAGAAUGAGCAUACGCCAGUGAGACAGGUCAGUGUAUAGUGCUCCAGAACUUGCUCUAGGCCUCACAAGUUAGAUUCCCGAUAGGACCAACACAGCUUUUUGGGCUUUAGGCUCAUAAUUAUAAUAACAUCAAUAUCCCGGGAUGCAUGUACAAAAAUAACAAGACAUAAGUACCCUUCCUAAUUUGCUUCUGCCCACUUUCACUGUAACCUUACCAUGGUCAAUAACCUUCCUCAGGCUUUAAGAAAUUCUGACAUUUAUUGACUUUAUAUUUUCAGCCACACUUGUACCAAGGAUUAGAACACACACUAUGGCACAAUCGUGGUAGUUAAAAAGCCAUGAAUUUGAUGUAUGAUAUUUAGAUAAUGCUGGGCUCAAUGUAAGAGUCUGUUACAUCUAUUGCUUGUAUGCUGUAGUGACAAGUCAGAUCAUGUUUUAACUAAGAGGGUCAGCUUUUAACAAUUCAGCCUUACAGCAGAACACAAUAUUAGAGAGAUGCAAUUUGUGCUGCAGUUGAUAAAAGAAUUCUAAAUGUACACUAAAGGCUGUCUGUGUUUACCUCAAUCCUUCAAAAAUAUAAAUCAUUGAAAAAAAUAAAUGAACAUUCAUAUUUUUCCCUGUCUCCUGUUAGGUUGCAAGAAGACACCAGGGCUCCUCACUGUUUAAUGAUUGUGAAUCGAGUUAUAUACACAGUUGUUUCACUGAAAACAUAAGCAGGCUAAAGUCCUUAACAAUGAUGCAAAGGUAACAUUUAGCAAAUUCUUCCAACUGAAUCUAUACACAAAGUGAUCGAAAAUGGAUGAACAUGUUGGUAAGAAUUAUCUUUUCCAGGAUCCAGAAAUCUCCUGUGAUUUACUAAAACAUCUUAACAACUUGAGGGAAGAAGGUUUGUUAACGGAUGUCUUCAUUUGUGCUGGGGGAUGCACCUUUCCUUGUCACAGAAAUGUACUAGCCUCAAGUAGCCCUUACUUUAAGGCUAUGUUUUGUAACAAUUUUAGAGAGUGUGGAGAAGAAAAAGUAGUAUUGAAAUGCAUUGACUCAGAUAUUUUUCAUCUCAUCAUCCUCUAUGUCUACACCGGUGAGAUCCUUAUCACUCUGGAGAAUGUGUAUUGUCUCAUCGAGGCUGCUUCUAUGCUUCAGUAUAAUACAUUACUAGAAGCUUGUUCCAAGUACCUUCAGGACCAAAUGAAUCCCCAGAACUGCCUAAGCAUGGUGCGUCUUGCUGACAUUUUCAGCUGUGAAGACCUUAAAAAGAAGGCCAGAGACAUGGCUUUACAAUGUUUCCCAGAAGUUGGCAUUUCUGAAGACCUCAAGGAACUGUGUGCCCAAGAAUUGCUUGAUUACCUUGGAGACGAUGAUCUGUGUGGAGAAGAAGAGCAAGUUUUUGAGACCCUGAUGACAUGGAUUCGACAUGACAUGCAAAGACGUAAGUGCUUUGUUCAGGAUUUGUUUGAGAAGGUGCGUCUUCAAUACGUACACCCAACUUUUUUCUUCCAUUUUAUUGCCAGUGAUCCACUAAUUCAGUCUUCGACAAUUUGCAGAAGUUCUUUGGAUGCAGCAUCCAGAAUGUUAUUUUCUCAAAAUACAGCAAUUGUGCCAAAUGUCAAGCCCAUGCUGCAUGUCCCUCGAAGAUUUUCUCACCAGGAAUUCCUGAUUAAUGUUGGAGGUAGAAAAGACAGUCAGCAGACCACAAAGGAUGUUUUGCUGUACAAUGAGAUGACAAACCAGUGGCUCAGACUUGCUAAGCUUCCAUUGCGUCUUCAUAAAGCUUCUGCUGUGGGCUUACACGGCAACGUUUAUAUCUUAGGGGGUUUGUCCAUUUGCAGCAAGAAAAGCACGGUGACUUCUGCUGUUUACAUUUUGUCUCUCAAAUUAAACCAGUGGCGUAAAGGGGAACCAAUGCUGUCUGCACGCUACUCUCAUAGAAGCAUUGCCUACAAAAACUAUAUAUUUUCUAUUGGAGGAAUUGGUGAAAAGCAACAGAUUCUGAGCUCCAUGGAGAGAUUUGACAGCAUUUAUAAUACGUGGGAGGUCAUGGCAAACAUGCCCCUAGCUGUCCUUCAUCCUGCAGUUGCUGCCAAAGACCAACGAAUCUAUCUUUUUGGUGGAGAGGAUGUCAUGCAGAACCCUGUCCGAUUUAUACAGGUAAGGCGUUAAUGAUGUGCAGUUAACUGACUUUUACCAUGCAUACAUUUUAUCUUGACUUUACACGAUUUAUCGCUGGUGUGUGCUGACCACAACUAUUAUAAAAUAUGGUCUGAUAACAUGUCAUAGUCCCAGGGGAACUUGGCAGGCACAGUGGACCUUCUGAGGUUAUUUAAUCCCUGUUAUACUAUAGGUUCAAGCAGUGUCCAUCUCUAUGGACUAGUGUCUGGUCCCAGUGGUGAUGGCGGGCUCUUGUCAAUCACCACAACACUGUCCAAUCACUGGUGAGUGGGAGGAGCAUGCAACAUUACUUCAGUUGCCGAAUGAACACUGAAAAGAUUAGUUUUAUACUUUUAUAGUUUUUUUUAAAAAAAAAUUAUUAUUCCAUGUAAAUAGUUUAUCUAACAGAAAAAAUGCACCACGGUUUUCCUUUUUUGCUAUUAUUUUGCUAUUAUUUUCAUGUAGAUAUUUCUUAUAGCAGGCUUUAAGGCACAUCUUUUAUGCAAAUAAGCAAUAAUGCAGAUAUAUACUGUUUAGUAUUCCUAUCACAAAAUCACAAUUAUUCUGCGAUUUUCAAUAUAAAAUCACAUAUUUAGCCGACUUUCUUAAAAUAUAAUAUUCUGGUUUUCAGAAAUUGUAGCAUCGGACAUUUUCAGACAAUUGAAAGCAAGUCAUCAUUGUGACUUCUAUAACUUUUUAAAUUGUCUUCUUCAAGAUUGGUUUAAAGUGCACGUUCCGUGACUAACAUGAGUGGGAGUAACUUUAAAGAAGAUCACAUUUUAUCUGUGUAUUGUCCUAACCAAAUUUCUAGCAAAUGUUCAGAUGGAAAUUAAUUCAACUGUACAUCAUGUCAGAGCUCUGCCCCCUCCUCAUUUCCAUGAUGAGCGGGGGUCUAAUGCGCAUGCGCGGCAGAUGUCCACGCACGCAUUAGACCUCCCCAUAGGAAAGUAUUGAAUCCAUGCUUUUCUAUGGGUGAAAAAUCUGAUGAUGGAUGUCUUCAUGCAGAGCGCUAGGACGUCCAGCGUCAGAUAAUGGACCAAAAGUCUGUUUCGAUGCAGGAAGCCCUCUAGUGGCUGUCUGAUAGAAAGCCACUGUGGGCAGACUUAGAGCUGCAAUGUAAACAUUGCAGUUCUCUGGAACGGCAAUGUUUAACAUUGCAGCACUAGGUGCAAAAGGGACACAGCACCCAGAACACUUCAAUUAGCUGAAGUGGUCUGGGUGCCAACAGUGUCCCUUUAAAGACUACAUACGUGGAAGUUCUGUAGAAGUUUUUUUGUACAGCCAUUCUUCCUCCAGUUGAUGAUGACCUACACAUUACAAAUUGUGAUAUACUGGUCACAUCAAUUUGGAGGUGGGGUGGCUGUGUGCGCUGUCACUUCAUUCAUUCAACGAACUGUGAAGAACACAGUUUUCUAACAAUUAUAUAUUUUAAUGUAUAUAUUUUCACUAGCACAAUGUAUAUAUUAAAUCUAUAAACACCUGAAUAAGAAUGUAUCACCCACAUUUGUGGACGACAGGUUCACUUUAAAUUUAGACAACUAAACGUAUGAAUCAGUCCAAUAAGGUGCAUUCCUUCUUCACAAUUAUUUUAAUAAAUUGUGCAUAUUCAACUUAGUAGGAGUAUUGUCUGAAGCAUUGUUUAAUUUAAAUUUAAUUAAAACAAUAUGUAUGCUAAAUUAAUGUCACAUUAGGUUGAAAAUAAUAGUAAGCUUUGUUUUCCUAUUCAAACACGAGGCGGAUGUUUGCCAAAGACUCAAUUUAGAACAUUUAUUUGCUCAAUAAGAUGAAACAUUUGCACAGGAAUACAUUCUUAUGUUUAUUCAGUUUAUACGGUUCUAUUGGCUAAUAGGAAUUUAAUUUUAACAUGGCUGUGUUAUCAUGCCUUCUAUUUGCAUUAUCAUAUAGCACUUCUCUGAAACAGCUAUGUUUUCAGCUACAGGGUUAAAACAAGAGGGACGUGGCACCCAGACCACUUGAUUGAGCUGAAGUGAUCUGUGUGCCUAUAGUGGUCCUUUAAUACAUUUAUUUUAGAUUGGGUAGCUUAAAACAACACAUAUACAUAUGUAAAUAUGUGAUAAAUAUAUAGACAGGCAGAUGGAUAAAAUAAAUAUUAUUUUUUUGAGAAUAUUGUUUUAAACGCAUUUUUCUACAAAACAUUUUUUUUAAAAGGUUGCUUUAUGAUCAUGGAUGUGCAUUAAAUAUACCAAAAAAAUAACAAAUUAUAAUAUAUUUUUUUAAUACAAUAUUUGCUUUCAUUUAUUUAUUUACUUGUUUAUUUAAAUACCAUAAAGCUGGGUAGACAAAUUGAGAAAUGCCAUUCUUUCAUUUCAAAAGAUAUCAUAUUUUUAUAAUUACACACCAGAAGUCAAAUAUUAAAUUUUUUUAGAGCUUUUUAAAUUGAUGAAUAUUGUUUUUUUUUUUUAUUACUCUUUUAUUUACAUUCUAUUUCCCAGGUUUAUAAUAUCGCUAGAAACAUGUGGUUCCGAAUGGAAACAAGAAUGGUCAAAAAUGUUUGUGCCCCAGCAGUUGUGAUUGGAGAGAAGAUUCUAAUAAUAGGAGGUAAGAGUUCAAUGUUUAGCCGCUACUAUAUCUACAUUGUUGGUCAAACACACCAACGAUAUGGAGAUCCGUAAAAAGAAAGUCAUUAUAUUAUAAAAUAGGGACAGAGGGAUUUGGGAAUAUCGCUCCUUAAUAGGGACCCUUGGGAGGUAUGAUAUAUUUCCAAACUUUUGAGCAGCCACGGCCCACACGCUCCAAAAUUUCAGCCAAGGACAAAUAAAUCAUUAAAAUAAAUUAAAUCAAUGACUUUACUAUUUCUGGGUAUCCCUGAAAAGCAAAUGUAUUGGUGAAUUAUAUCUGCAUACAGUAUUUACAUUUAAAAAAAAUGCUGAUCUAAACAAUAAAUAAAUCUCAUUAGUGAAAGGGCUAAAAAAAAUCACACAAACGUUUUGCAAUGUAGAGAAUAGGGCAUGUGACACUAAUCUAUAUAAAGAUGCAACAGCAACUCUUCAUAAUAUGAUGCAAUAGUUUUUGGAGGUUAGCUAGAAAGAACCAGUGAUUGACAGCUCUAUUUCUAGUUUAUAUUAAUGUUCUGAAGCAGAUGACAAUAACCUUUUACCUCUUUGACUCUGAACGGAGCUAGAAAGUAGGAUACACUUUUCUAACACUUGUUAUAAACAUGUCUGUGUAUCUACUGUUUGUAGGUGUAUGUGUGUAUAUUUCUGUGUGUGUGGUGCGCUGUAAUAAUAAUUAUUUUAUUUUUAUUUAUUUUUUUAAUAAUUUACUUUUGUCGUGGAUAAAAUUACAAUCCAGCCUGUACGGCUACAACAGCGGUAACAAGCAUUAUAAUUUCAGACUUUGUCAUGAUAUUUGAGAACUGCACAUUUUAUAAAUAAGAAUAAAUAUAAAUGAAUAAACAGGUUAUUGUAGAAGUGGCUCUUGGGAACGAUCUAUGAGACUGCAGAGUAUGCAUGAUAGAGGCGCAGAAAUAAGUUUGGUCGCUUGACCCUGUUGUGAUGGAACAGAGCCAAGACUAAUAUUAUAUUAACAUUAGUAGAUUUAAUCUUGUACCUCUGCAUAUAUUAAAGUUGAGGAGUAUAAGCCAUGUUAGAAACUCAUGUAGUUAACUUUUAGGAGAGGGUUAAUACAUAGCAGCUGCUACGGUGAGCAUUACAAUUGGGCAGAGUGAUCUGAUGCGCAUCCUAAUGCAGAAAAUAAACCGCUCCAUGAUGAUAUGCAUAGUAUGGAUUUACAUGAUGGGAGCUGGGGGGUUGGUUGUUAAGUAUGGAGUCAGCGUGCGCGGGAUAUUCCCGGUCUCGGCCUCGUUUGGCAUUAGGUUUAGUAGUCAUUACGCAAGUAUGAGGGGCAUCUAAAAUGGGUUGUUCUCAUACAUUUCACUUUUAACUGAGGGCUAAACCCAACACAGAGAAAAAUAAAAUUAAAAUAACGUAUAGGCAGGUGUGUCAGGUGGUCUCCAUCCCAGGUACUCCAUGCAAAGCUUGGAUGAAUGGGACAAUUUUAGCUGCAUCCCAAAUUGUAGAGGAAGGUGGGGCUGUGAGGCCCAGGGCAGCAAGGAUAGUUUCCAUCUCAGCAAUGUCUGUCACUUUAUGUUGGGUGUCUACGUGCGUUGUUCCCCAGCAAUACCUCCCUCCCUUAGCUAUUAGUGUUGCUGUCAGCGGUCGGAGGGAUUUCCUCCAUAACAGGGUAGUGUGAGAGAGGUCAGAGUAGAAUGACAAGUCCAUGUCCUCAAAUAACGUAAGCUAAAUGAAGCAAUGUUGGUGUAUAGAUCAUGCCCCUGCAGAGUCACUGCUCAAUUCCCUGGCAUUGAGCAGAUAAAAUAGAUUUUUUUAAUACUUUUAAAGGUGCUUGAAUCACUCAGAAAGCCAAAUGUUAAAUUAUUUGCCAUGUAUAAUGCUUACCAGUUUGUGUUUGGUUGCAGGUUACACCAGGAGGAUAAUUGCUUAUGAUGUGAAGCAAAAUAAAUUCAUCAAAUGUGCUGAUAUGAAGGAUAGACGAAUGCAUCAUGGCGCCACUGUACUCCAAAAUAAACUCUAUGUGACGGGUGGCCGGUGUCUUACUGCUGACAAUACCAUAGAAGACUCGGAUUCUUUUGACUGUUAUGAUCCCGAGACAGACACAUGGACAUCUAAAGGGAAAUUGCCCAGCAAACUGUUUGACCACGGCUGUUUAACACUCCAGUGUAGCCCCUCACAUUUGCAUUGAAUUAUUGAUGAAACCAAAGUUGAUUUAAGAACUACUUGAAGUUUACUGUGAAGUGUAAGUUUGGCACUUCCUGUCACAAUAGAGUUAUAAUACGAUAUCAGACAGGAGGCUGUUUACAUUGUGGUAACAAACUAGGGUGGUGUUAUUGUGCAGUGCUGUUUGACUUCAGACAUGGACCUUAAGUAAUAAUGAGGUUCACCGUGAUCACAGAAAAUAAGGUAUGGGAUAUACACCCUGUUUUCACUGCUACACAUUCUAGUAAGUAGCCGUUGUAACUAACAAACUCAUUCCAUUCAUUGCUACCAAGGCUCACCCCUAUAUAUUUGGGAUUUCUAUGGGUACUUAUAACUCUAUAAUACUAUCAAUAAUGGCAGGGCAUGAGGUAUGGCAACAGGUCAUUUAACCAAGCAUAUCUCAUAGUCUUCUUACUCAUGCCUGCCAUUAAAACCAGUCAAACAGAACUGGCAUCCCUAGAUUCUCCAGAAGUUAUUGAAUUUCAGCUGCCAUCAGACCUGGAGAUUUGUUCGUGGGCCAAACUGCAAUUCGAACACAUUUGGGCUGAUUGGGUGAUCAGCCUAAUUCUCAAACUUUGAGUCUGGAUUUUACCUUAAUCAUGGACCACCCGAAACCCGCAAUACCAGACAUUAUACUUACAAUUAUUUAUAUAGGGCCAACAUAUUUUGCAGUGCUGAAUUUUGAUUUUCUUGAUUGCUCCUCGUGUUUUUCCCUCUAUUGGUUACUUUUUCUCACUUGGUCUGUGAACAAAAUGGAGGAAAACUGCUCCUAUCACUGCUCUCCUAAAUAUAUGUGUAAUAUUAUGUAUAUAGUUUGCAGGAUACUGAUUGGGCCAUUUAUUUUUUUGUUCUUCUGAUUUAUUUUAUGAAUUGGAAUCUCAGUACUGAAAUUCUGCCAAGCCAAAUCAACAUGAAAAAUUUUCAAUAUUUUGAAAUAAAUUGUUCGUCCGAGCCCCAUUUUCUUGCUGAGCCCAUGUCUGACUGCCAUCGGGCUAAACCAGAGAAAAGCAAAAAAUCUCUAGUGGCUGUCUUCCUGACAGCCACAAGGGGUGCUUUCCCUUCCAAACCAAGUCAAACUCAUAGAAAGCAUUUGAUGGGAGGUGCACAACAUUUUACCAUGUAGGCCUAUCUCGCCCCCAAUACUUCUUUAGACGAGAACAUGGAAUACGUCAGCAGGCGUACUGGCAAAGAUGGAGGCAGAGCAGGUGGCUGCUGUGGAGGUGUUUUGUCGCUGGAUAUGAAGUAAAUAAAACAGAUUAAACUUUAAUUUUACAUAGCAAAGAGGGAUGGAGAUAGGUCAGAACAGAAAUGAACUUAUAGACACUAAAAAAAUGAUUGUUAUUUUUAGAUACAUAGUUUCCCUUUAAUACAUUAAUAACAAGCUUAAAUUGCCAAAUGUAUUGGGGAAUUAAAUGGUGUAUGUUAUAUGGUGCUCUAUCUUCUACAGUACAAAACACAGGAGAACAUACUUGACUAAACUGUAUUGAAAUGUAUCAGUUUGUGCAGCAGAACCAUGUCAUAGACAAAACAUGAUGCAUUGUUUUAUGAAUGUGUCUCUUUCCAUCAGGUUUUGCAAAGACAUGAUGUAAGGCUAGUUUUACUGCUUGCAUUUUGUAAUUUUCUUUAUAAGGAAAUCAGCUUGAUUAAUAUUAAAAAUGUAUAGUCAUUUUGGCAAUAUGAAACUUACACAUAAGGCAAUCUGAGUUAUGUAAUCAAUUGCUAUUUCAUGUUUACACAUUCAAAUCAUGUGCUUACACCUGUAACUAAAGCUAUGAUUGAUUAAUACCUGGUUUGUUCAUUAAAUUGAAUAUUUCACUUUAAAAAACAAACAAAAAAAACAUAAAUUUGUAAAAAAAAUUUAAUAUGCUGUUGUGUCAGGAUUUAAAGCAAGUGGUAAAUGUAUUUUCUGGUUUAUGUUAAUGGGAUGGUAUUUCACGCAGCUAGGGUUGAGUAUGUCUGCAGCUUAUCGGACUCCAGAGUGAGUAGUGAGCUACAAGUAUGGACCCGAAUGAACUGAAAAGGACAAUGCUCUGUGCAGGGAUGUGAAUGACUUUAUAUUCCAAAUAAAAUAUGUGGUAACAUUGUGUCUUGGUAAAAGCUUAACGGUACUGUAAUGCUGCUAGUCAUUCAACGAUGAAUAAAACAUUUAAAAACAUUCUUCACAUGCCCACGUAAUCCCUGG